GCGGAACACCGUAAGCCGCGCCGGCGUCACGCUCCGCCUCCGCGCCUGUGUGCCGCCAGUCAUCGCUUGUCCUGUCUCGCCUCCGCCACGCUCGCCAAGUGUGCAUUCCUCUGUACUGUAUUAGCAGAAUUCAGUGAGCACCAUGAGCUAGCAUUCCGCGUGGGUCUGUUCGCGCUGGAGAUGGCCCGUCCGCCCGCGAGUACCAAGGCGCUCGAGGUGAAGCUCAACAACCAGGAGUCUGAACUCGUGGCACUGCUCAAGAAGCUGCCCACAGGAGUUGAACAGCUGGCACUGGCCAGGGAGAAGGCGGAGCAAAUCCGAGACGGAACUCUACGGAGCCGCGGGCCUGCGUUGUUGCCGAUAUCCUUGGCAAGCUUCUUAUUUGAAGUUCUAGUACUUUCGUCUGCAGAAAACAAACACAUGUCUCGCGUGCCCAGUGAUGAGGUGCUCGGUUUCGAGGCUGCUGUGGCGGCACUCGGACUCAAAGCGAACGUGUCGGAGGCGGAUCACCCGCUGCUGUGUGAGGGAACGAGACGACAGCGGGGUGAUCUCGCUGUCACAUUGCUGGCCUUCUACAAGGAUGACCCGGUCAAGUUGGCCAGGAUUAUGAACAAGCUCCUGGACCGCGACAUUCACCAGCUGACAAAGGGCCCGAUGAUCAGCAUGUACUAUACGACUAACCCGCGCUUCAACCGCGUCGAUCAGUUCACACAUUACCAGAUCGCCGUACCCCCGGUACCUCCUGUGCCCACCGUGCCCGUUCCUCAAGCUCCGGUGUGCCCGCUGGCGAGCGACAUGGAGCGCGUGUCGCUGGGAGAGGGAGGGGGAGGUGGAGGGGGAGGAGGUUCCCCCCCACACUCGUCGCAGCCCGCGCACUCAUCGCAGACACACGGGAUGUCGCGGAUCAAGGACUCCAGAUACAAGGGGAAGCGGCAGUAUCCAUCAGUCCCCAACCAGCCAUCGGAAGCGUCUGCCCACUUUAUGUUCGAGCUGGCUAAGUCCGUGUUGUUCAAGGCAGGAGGAUCAUCUAGCACAAGCCUGUUUACACAAACCUCAUGUGCCAGAGAACUUCAUGGACCUCACAGAGGUUUGCACAUGGCGGCCUUCCAACUGGGCCUAUAUGCAUUGGGACUCCAUAACUGCGUUAGCGCCAAUUGGCUGAGCCGGACAUACUCUUCACACGUCAGUUGGAUAACAGGUCAAGCGAUGGACAUAGGUGCUCCAGCAAUAUUGUUUCUUAUCGACGCGUGGGAAGGUCACCUGACGCCGCCCGAAGCUGCCGGCAUCGCAGAUAAGGCGUCGUCGGGCCGCGACUUAGCGACGGUGAGCGCGGCGGCCGAGUUAGCGCUGUCAGUGCUGCCUCACGCGCAUGCGCUCAACUACAACGAGAUCCAACGUGCCGUGCUGCAGUGUAAGGAGCAGAGCGACCACAUGCUCGAGCGAGCCUGUCUGAUCGUCGAGGCGGCCGCUAAAGUGGUCGCAGGCGGCGGCGUGUACCCCGAGGUGCUGUACACCGUGGCCCGCUACUGGCACGAGCUGUUCCUGCGGCAGGCCGACGACGAGCCCGACGACUUCCGCGCGCAGCUGCUGCCCGUGCCCUACGCGCUGCCCUACUCCUUCUACCACGCGCACGCGCACCCGCACCCGCACCCGCACCCCUACCCGCCGCAGAUCUACCAGCUGCAGUUCGAAUGUCCUCAGUACGGUGCGGCGAGUCACCCGGGGCCGCACUUCACCAUACCGCAGUACUUCGUGCGCGGCAUCGUGCCGCAACACGCGCCCAUACCGCAACAGAUUCACGCCCAUCCGCCGCCCAUAGCUGUCAACGUGGCCCACCCGGCGCCGGUGCCGCCGCCGCUGCCCGGGUCGCACGUGGCGGGCGUGGUGCCCGUGAGCGGCGUGGGCGCGGGCAGCGUGCCCGUGGGGGGUCCCGCGCCGCCCGCGCUGCCGCAGGCGCAGCUGCGGCGACUGCUGGCCGCCUACCGCGUGGGCAUGCUGGCGUUGGAGACGCAGGCGCGGCGCAUACAUGACGACCGACCACAGAAUAAAUUUGGCAGGAACCCGCCGUACGGCGAGCACGUGAAGUGGCUGCUGCGCAUCUCGGCGCGGCUGGGUGCGCAGUACCUGCACCAGUUCUGCGUGUGCGCCGUCAACUCCGUGGUGUCGCCGUUCGUGCUGUACGAGCUGUGCGUGGAGGCGGCGCACUGGCUGGCCCGCGGCGGCCCGCACCACGUCGUCAUGACGCACCUGCGGGGCGCGCUGGCGCCGCUGGUGCACAAGUGUCAGCAGAUGUACAUUCAGUGCAUACAUCAAAAGCUGUAUCAUUUGACAUCGGUUGAAUACGAAGAGUUUGUGGCUAUCGUCCUGUCAGCACGCAAUGCUUUCCAACUCACUCCGGAAGGACACACACAGUUCAAAGAGUGGCUCGCCUCCUUGCGAAGGUCCAAAUCGUGCAAGAAGGACCUGUGGACUCAGCUGAACGUGGCGCUACAGACGAACGGCAAAUGACGUCGGCCCGCGAUAGUUUGCUUGCCGCGCAAACUGUCUCACUUUCGAACCACAUACACACACGUACACUCGCACGUAUUGAAACGCUCACACACGCACACGUGAGCGUCGCGCGUGCACAACACACGACUUCUGUAAUAAAACAAGAGGACACCCAAUUUAGUUAACAUAAAGUUUGUACUUAAUCGGCACACUGAUUUUCUUGUUUAAUAAAACGCACUUUGACCUUAAAAGAAUUUCAAAAUUGCAAAAUUUUACAACAUCCAUUAAUCGGAUUGUCUAAAAAAAUAGUUUUCAUACGGUGUAAAACACCAUGGUAUGGUGUAAUGGGCUAAUUUCCGCAACUCGACGACUGCGCGCCUAUUUUGCGUGUGUGGGAAUAUAUUUGUUAUUCCUGCCACCCCAAUUCCUCCAGAAACCUUAGCAACCUCCUCUCCUUCCUAAAGACUUCUGGGACUGUGUUUGGGGUACCAAGAUGUUGAGCCCGGUAAGUUGCUACACCUAGACAAUGCAAAAAAAUACCAUAUGUACUCUUGUUUUAUUGCAGUAGAACUGAAUCGCUCACUUAUCAGAUCUCAUAAUAAUAAUGGACACGUAGUCGUAACAUUUGAAAUAAAGUGUGCACUUAUUAGAACAAAGUCAUAAGAACAAGCUCAUUAUUUUAACUUUUGUUGUCGGUAUUUUCUUAGAGACUAUAAUGCAAAAGUUAUGACUGACAUACGAGUAAUUCCUUGUUAGCAGAUCUUAUAGAAAUAGCACGCUCAAUGACGUGAGAGUAAUUCGAUUGUUAUGUAUUCUGUUUGUCCGCAAAUUUUGCAGGCAAAUAAUGUUUCUUAAUUAUCAAUAAUAUUCACAUUAUAACAUGUUAUCUGUAAUACACGUGAUUAAGAGAAACGUGAUCGAAACUAUAAAUAACUAGUUUAUCACGCCAUAAUAAUGAACAUGUGAGAAUAACA